AUGAGGAUGUUGGAGCCUGACAUCUACCACUGCAUGGAUUACCAUGCAGCUUUGGCACCCCUCUACUUGCAGGAGAAGCCGAUCCCAAUGAUCUUGGUUUUGCACAAUGCAGACUACAUGGGUGUGAUCGAAACUGACUUCAUCAAUGAUCGCUUCUGGAAGACAACACCUCCAAUGCGACGCCUCAGCUUGGUGUUCAAUCUCAAAAUCCCGGCCAUUCGGAAGUACGUGAUGUUCGAGGGGCGCUUCAACAUGUUGAAGGCUGGUGUCGCUUAUAUCAAGGAGAUGCAGGCCGGUCAUGGAGUUUGUGCCGUCUCCACCAACUACGCACUGGAUCUCAAACGUGAACGGAUGCUCUUCCGUGGCCUGCCCAACAUCUUACCCUUGGACAAUGCGACCGACCCCGCCGAAGAUCAGGGUGCUGCAGGCAUCGAGAAGCUCCGGAAGAUGCGCUUUGAGGCGAAGGCAGCGCUGCAGAAGCACUGCGACUUGGACCAGGACCCGGGAGCCAAAAUUCUGAUCUUCAUCGGAAGAUGGGUGAAGCAGAAGGGCGUGGACCACAUCGCCAUGCUCACCAAGGACAUCUUGAAGAGCCGACGAGAGGUCCAGAUCGUUCUGGCAGGACCCCCGGACGACGCCUUUGGGCUCUAUGCGCAAGAGCUCUUGGCACCGCUCAAGCCGCUCUUCAAAGGGCGCCUCUUCGUGUGCACGGAGUUCUUCCGUUUGCCCAACGAGCUUCGGCGUGGCGCGCACCUCUGCUUGACGCCCUCCUGCUCUGAACCUUUCGGCUACGUGGAUGUGGAGUUUGGCUUAUUGGGUGUCCCUUCCGUUGGAUGUGCGAUUGGGGGCUUGGGGAAAAUGCCUGGCAUCUACUUCCGCCAACAAAAUGCGGACUCGCCGCACAUGUUGCUGGAAGCAUUCUAUUGUGCGAUCGACCAUGCUCUUGAUCUACCAGAGCCCCAGUACUGGCAGAUGGCGAAGGCUGCGACCAAGGCGACCUUUCCCUUCAUCAUUUGGCGUGAGAAUUUGCUUGAAGCAUAUCACCUUGCCUUGGUCCACUUCAAGGAGAAGAACUUUGCCCGGCUGAAUCGUCUGUGGGCACAGGUAGCAGGCCGCGAAGGGGUGCAACGGGAACUGGCACAUCGCGAGAACAACCGCUUCCGACGUAUGUCCUCCACAUCCAUCGUUGCUCGGCAAAGGCACGAAGCAGGAAACAUGCACCGGAAGCAUGCCCUAGACAUUCCAGUCGUACCAAACCUCGGGUGCGGUACGACUGGACCCUCCUGGCACCUACACAACAGUGUCUCCUUGCUCACUGUACCUGAGAAGGUACGACUGGAAUGUCUAGGGAUGGAUUCCUGUAGUUUUUGCUAUGACUUCAGGCAGCAACAACUGGUCAAUGGAUUUGGGGGUUGGGACAUCCCAGAAUAUUGGAAUGGAGGCAACACGCUUCAGUCCUUCAUGGAAGGCAGUGAGGCAGGACCACAUUGUGUGUUUGAGAGUGUACUGAUCACAAUUGGAAUAAACCAUCAAUCCGUCCUAAACCUCCUCACACAUGGUGGUGUAUUGUUUUUAAAUCAGUGGUUCAGAUGUAUUUACAUUAUCCAGGUCAACCCAGUUCGUUUUUUGCUUGAAGAUAUAAUAUAA